GAUGACCGCCCUGCGCUACCAGAAGAAGUUCACCGAGUACAGCGCGCGCUUGGACUCGCUGAGUCGCUGCGUGGCCGCGCCAGCUGGCGGCAAGGGCGAAGAGACCAAAAGCCUGACCCUGGUCCUGCACCGCGACGCUGGCUCCCUCGGCUUCAACAUCAUCGGGGGACGGCCGUGUGCGGACCACCAGGAUGGCUCAUCCAGUGAAGGAAUCUUCGUGUCCAGGAUCGUGGACAGCGGGCCGGCGGCCAAGGACGGGGGCCUGCAGAUCCACGACCGCAUCGUGGAGGUCAACGGCAAAGACUUAUCGCGAGCGACGCAUGACCAGGCUGUGGAGGCGUUCCGGACGGCCAAGGAGCCGAUCGUGGUGCAGGUGCUGCGAGAUUGUUUGAACUUCCCGGCGCCGUCGGAGGCGCAGCUGGUGGACGCGGGCACCCAGACCGACAUCACCUUCGAGCACAUCAUGGCCCUCUCCAAGCUGUCCCCGCCCAGCCCGCCUGCGCUGGGGCCCUACCUCCUGCCCGAGGAGCACCCCUCGGCCCACGAGUACUACGACCCCAGCGACUACCUGGGCGGCGCCCACCAGGACCUGGACAGGGAGGAGCUGGAGCUGGAGGAGGUGGACCUGUACCGCGCUAACAGCCAGGACAAGCUGGGCCUCACGGUGUGCUACCGCACGGACGACGAGGACGACCUGGGCAUCUAUAUCAGCGAGAUCGACCCCAACAGCAUCGCGGCCCAGGACGGGCGCAUCCGAGAAGGCGACCGCAUCAUCCAGAUUAACGGGAUAGAGGUACGGAACCACGAAGAGGCUGUGGCCCUUCUAACCAGUGAAGAAAACAAGAACUUCUCCUUGCUCAUCGCGAGGCCUGAGCUCCAGCUGGACGAGGGCUGGAUGGACGACGACCGGAACGACUUUCUGGACGACCUGCACAUGGACAUGCUGGAGGAGCAGCACCACCAGGCCAUGCAGUUCACCGCCAGCGCGCUGCAGCAGAAGAAGCAUGAGGAAGACGGGGGGACCACGGACACCGCCACCAUCCUGUCCAACCAGCACGAGAAGGACAGCGGCGUGGGCCGCACGGACGAGAGCACGCGCAACGACGAGAGCUCGGAGCAGGAGAACAACGGCGACGAGGCAGCCGCCAUCCUGGAGCUGAGCCACAAGAAGAUGAUGAAGAAGAGGAACAAGAAGAUUCUGGAUAACUGGAUGACGAUCCAGGAGCUCCUGACCCACGGCACCAAGUCCCCAGAUGGCACUAGAGUGUACAACUCCUUCCUCUCGCACCACCUCUUCGGCCCGCUCUUUCCUAACGCCGCCUGCAACUGA